AUGCGUGGUAGUUCGCAUGAUGAAUUUUAUUUACAGUUGGCAAAAUGGCUGGAAAACGAAAAGACCCGUUCAGCUAAGUGCCAUUAUAUGCUCAACAGAACUCUUUAUCAUUUCUGGGAAUCAAUGGGAAUGAAUAAUUUGCUCGUCGGUGAUUUAACAAAUUUAGGGGAUCCAGGUUCCAGACAGUUGAGAUCCGCUGGUAUUCUACGUAGUUCGUCCCACAGAAAUGAUGACAGGCAAAACGAGACCUACUACUCUGACUAUGCACGCUUCCGACUUCCAUCUCUCAAAUCUCGUUUUAUGGCGGAGAUGAUCGACACUUUCAUCGUCUUCAUCCUCAAAUUUUACUUUGUUUUCCUCUUGGGAAAACCUGCAAAUAGCAAAUUCGUCAAUUCCCUCCCACGGGAAAUCCUAAACUUUAUACCCGGUUAUCGUAUCUUGAUGACAUUUUGCUCGAUGACACAAAUCUACCUCGACGUUUUGCAAAGUGAUGGAGUCUUCGACUUGAAACGGUUCCAUGAAGAAGUUAUGUUUGCCAGCCGGAACGAUCCGUCGGCGCUAUCAGACGCCAUCAGUCUCGUGCUCUACCUGAUAUUUGAGGUCUACUUUGUGAGUAAGUCAGUAUUCGACUUCGAGCCUGGAGGCUGUUCCUUGGGAAAGUACCUGCUGGGUCUCCGGGUACUCUCAUGUAAUCAUCGCAUUAAUCUGCCGGAUGCGGUCGACAUAGUACCCGCUGGCAAUCCUGGACUCUGCAGAUCCAUCGUUAGGGCCGUUUUGAAAAACUCCGGCAUAUCGAUAUGGUCCUCUCUACUGCAAAUAGCCCUCACCGGGGAUCCUGUUUUCAGCUACGAUCUUCUGGCAGGAACCAUCGUCGUCCGGUUCCCCGAAAUGGCCCAGUCAGAGUAA